AUGGAUUUAUUCAAACGGACAUCAGCUUUACAGCCCAUUUUCGCAAAUAGUCAUUUGGCUUCUAACAUCUCUACAGAAUCAUAUAUUGAUGUAUUUCACAGCUUGCAAAUGCUUUCUAACGGAGAUACAUUGGUUUCAGAACUCAGUUUACUUGAAAAAUUGUGGGCUUCUUGGUACAUCUACAUGAAUAAUGAUAUUUUGGCUACUGGAAUCUUGUUUUUUGCUACCCAUGAACUCAUGUAUUUUGGGCGGUGUUUGCCAUGGUUGAUUAUAGACAGGAUUAGUUUCUUUAACAAAUGGAAGAUUCAGGAUGAAAAAAUACCUUCCGAUAAAGAGCAAUGGGAAUGCUUUAAAUCAGUUUUGAAGCUGCACCUAUUCGUGGAAGCCUUGCCUAUUUGGUUGUUUCAUCCAUUAUGCGCUACUUUGAACAUUUCUGUUGACGUCCCAUUUCCUUCAUACUUAGUGAUGUUCUUACAGAUAUGCUUAUUUUUUGUUUGUGAAGAUUUCUGGCACUACUGGGCUCAUAGAUUAUUUCAUUAUGGCUGGCUAUACAAAUAUAUCCACAAACAGCACCACAGAUAUGCUGCACCAUUUGGCUUGACUGCAGAAUAUGCUCAUCCCGUGGAAGUAAUGUCUCUUGGUUUCGGGACGGUUGGGUUCCCAAUCAUUUAUGCAUACAUAGCCAAAUAUCAGCCUUCGCUUGACCUACCCUCCUUGCAUUUAUUCACUCUCUCCUUCUGGAUAACCUUGAGGCUCUUUCAGGCAGUAGAUUCUCACUCUGGUUACGACUUCCCAUGGUCUUUACAUAACAUUUUACCCUUCUGGGCCGGGGCUGACCACCACGACGACCACCAUCACUAUUUUAUAGGUAAUUAUGCCAGUUCCUUUCGUUGGAUUGAUUAUUUUAUGGGAACUGAAAGUGGUGAGAUUGCGAAAGCCAAUAGAGAAAAGCGUAUGAAAAGAAGAGCAGAAAUUCAGUCUAAGAAAACUCAAUAA